AUGGCCAUCACUGGACAAAAUUAUCGACAUAGCACACUUCCAUCAAAGACUGGACACCGCUUCUCCAAAGAAGCUCUCCAGAUUCUCAAAAGAUGGUUGGCUCUUCAUAGCCGCUACCCUUACCCAGCCGAACAAGAAAAGGAACUCCUCCAGCGUCAAACGGGUCUCACCAAGACUCAGGUUUCCAACUGGUUCACUAAUACUCGUCGCAAACGCAGAGCACAACCCCAAAGGAACCCAUUCUCCCAUACCGAUAACACACAAACUGGCCCUAUCGAUAUCAGCCGUCGGCCUGGAACACCAGCUGUCGAUAGCAAUACAAACCAGCUGCAGCGCUGGGUAGACUCGCCGCCCGAGAAUGAGCCCGCAUCUGUCACUGCUAUUGCUAGGGCCGUGGCUUCCAGCUGGGACAUCUACUGUGUCUUUUGCGGGAUGUUUGACCCAGAUGACGGUCACCUUGAAACUCACAACCACACAGCAUGUAAAGUAAGACCGGUCGAAGACAAGUCUUUCUAUCGGAAGGACCACAUAAAUCAGCAUCUCAAGCUCGUUCACAACGCUCAGUUUAUUGAUUGGUCUAUGAAAGGCUGGAAGGUCACGACAUCAGAAAUCCGAUCCCGAUGUGGUUUCUGCGGGAUAAUUAUGAAUAGCUGGCCAGCCAGGGUCGAUCAUCUAGCAGAACACUUUAAGAACGGAAGCACUAUGGCUGAUUGGAAAGGCGACUGGGGCUUUGAAGCAUCUAUCCUCGACAUGCUAGAGAGCUCCAUCCCGCCAUACUUGAUUGAGAUGGAACGAACAUCUACUUUUCCUUUUACAGCAACCAGCGCUCCAGCUGACUCCCCGCGGAGUGCCUACGAACUCAUCACGUUGGAACUCGCCUACUUCAUAGUCAACUACAAGGAAGAAAUAGGAGAUCUGCCUACCGAUGAGGAGAUGCGGCUCGAGGCUUGUCGUGUCAUCUUCGCCUCAGAAGCAUCAUCCCGGCGAGGCAUCUCGACCGAGUCUUCUUGGCUACGAGACCUCCUCAUGGGAGACCAGGAAAUUGCCAAGGAAGCUCAAUUUGCGCCUAUCCGACAUGGGGCUGAAAACAGGCUUUGUGCCUUGAAGAUCAACGGCAAGGACAACUUGUUUGAACAAUGUCCGCUUGAGAUGCAACUCAAAGAGUUUAUCCAAACUAAGGAUUUACUCGGCAUACACAUGACAGAUGACGAGCUACAAGAAGAAUGCUGCUACAUUAUCGGUAAUGUUCAAGAGCUACCUAUACCGCACUACGAUUUCAUUGCGGACUGGCUCAUCAGGCUUGUCAUGUCUUCGGCCGAAUGGUUGGUCGACUUUCGUCAUCGUGCUCAUCUUCAAAGGACUCAACAUUCCGAUGGUCCUCUCUCCCGACAUUGGGGGCUGGAAGGUACCCAAAUCAAUGCCGAAGAUUACCACACCAGAGAUGGUUCAACUAGGGCCAGUACCUUGAGGCCUGCUCACAGCAGAAGCCUCAGAGACACACCAAGAGUAGCUUCGGCUCCUCGUGCUCGGACAACCGUGCUAGGGGCUCAGCCACAACAGUCAGAGGGGCUCGACUCUAGAGUUCGGUCAAGAAGGAGCCCGGGGGCCUUUGAAGACAUGAUGAGAAAGACUUUCUUCAUGAACGACUCCAACUGCUACCGUCGUCUAGCGCAGGAGCUGACUCGCUUCGUUAUGGCUACCAUGUCGCCCAACAACCCAAAUCAACACGUACCAUCAGACGCCGAGAUUCAGCAUCAAGCUCGGUGGAUCUUAUUUGAGAGUGACGAUGCAUGGAACCAAACAGCGGCUGAUAAUGACGAAUGGCUGCAGCGCUUCAAGCGAGAUGUUGGCAUUCUUGCGGGUCCAGGCCUUGACAGGGGGCAGGGCGCUCAGUAA